AUGGCUCCGCCUGGCGCCCUCCGGGACCUGACGCUGGCCCUGGGGGCCGCCGUGGCCGCCCUCGGCUCCCUCCUCUUCAUCGCCUGGAAGAUCUACUUCCGCGGCACCGGCACCGGCACCGACUGGAGCGGCUGGUGGGAGCGGGAGCUGCGGGAGCUGCGGGACCGAGCCCCCCCCGGCGACGCGCUGGACUGGCGGCAGGUGCUGGUGCUGGGGCUGGACGGGGCAGGGAAGAGCAGCGUCCUGCACUACAUCUGCAGCCAGACGGCCAGGGAGCGCAUCGCACCCACCCACGGCUUCAACUCUGCCCAGCUCUAUGUCGAGGGGCUGGAGAUGGACCUGCUGGAGGUGGGGGGCAGCCAGAACCUGCGAGCGUACUGGCCCCACUACCUGAGCCAGGCCCACGUGCUGGUGUUUGUGGUGGACUCAGUGGACAGGUCGCGCCUGCUGACGGCACGCCAGGAGCUGCACGCGCUGCUGGCUGCGGAGCCCCGGCUGCCCCUGGUCGUGUUGGCCAACAAGCAGGACAAGAGCGAUGCCCUGAGCGCGGCAGAGCUGCGGGAGGAGCUGGCCCUGCACACGCUCAGCGGGCAGCGGGAGCUCUUCCUCCUGCCCACCAGCGCGACCUGGGCCAGCCUGAGCACCGCCACCAGUGUCCUCCACGUGAAGAGCCUGCUGGUCACCCUGCUCUCCCAGCCCUGA